AGUGCAUGUGAGACUAAAGAAAAUACACACAACCUUCAUCAGCCUAACAAACUCUGCAAGCCAACCAUAACAUCCUCUCAAGAUGGAAGAAGGAUUGAUCCUCAAGCCUAAAGAUAACAGACCAACAUGGCGCGUGUUGGCGGAGGAGAUGAAGAAAUUAGGAUUUAUUGCAGCGCCGAUGAUGGCGGUAACUCUAUCGCAGUUCCUUUUACAGUAUAUCUCCAUCAUGAUGGUCGGUCAUCUCGGAGAACUUUCUCUCUCUAGCACCUCCAUUGCCAUCUCCCUCUCAAGCGUCACCGGUUUCAGCCUACUCAUGGGAAUGUCUAGCGCACUAGAAACAUUAUGUGGACAGGCUUACGGAGCUCAACAAUACACAAAAGUUGGAGUUCAGACUUACACUGCUAUUUUCUCACUUUUGAUUGUUUGCAUUCCUCUUGCGUUUGUUUGGAGAUACACCGAAUCAUUGCUCCUUCUUAUGGGCCAAAGCGCUUCGAUAUCAUAUGAAGCUGGGAAAUUCAUCACCUGCCUCAUUCCUGCGCUUUUUGCUUACGCAAUUCUUCAACCGCUCGUUAGAUAUUUCCAAAUGCAAAGCAUGUUGUUACCCGUGCUUGCCAGCUCGAUAGCUGCUUUGUGCCUACACAUUCCUCUUUGUUGGGCCCUUGUGUAUAGAACCGGACUGGGAAACAUUGGAGCAGCAGUGUCAAUGGGGGUUGGCUUGUGGUCAAACGUUGUUUUCCUCUUGUUAUACAUGAAGUACUCCCCUUCAUGUGCGAAAACGCGUUCUCCAAUCUCAGUUGACGUGUUUUACGGGAUGAAACAGUUCUUCAGCUUUGCUAUCCCGUCAGCUGUCAUGCUUUGCCUCCAAUGGUGGUCCAAUGAGUUUAUAAUAUUGAUUUCUGGGCUUCUACCAAAUCCAGAGCUUGAAACUUCAGUGCUUUCUAUUUGUCUCAGUACUAUUGCUAUAGUCUAUGCUAUACCAUAUGGAUUUGCUGCUGGUGUAAGCACACGAGUCUCGAAUGAACUUGGAGCAGGGAAUGCAAGAGGGGCGCGUGUGGCAGUUAACGCCAUCAUGAUCCUUGCAGUUGUUGAGACAACUAUAGUCGCCAUGAUUGUUUUUUUCAACAGACACAUUUUCGGGUACAUUUUCACAAAUGAAAAAGAAGUUGUCGAUCAUGUCACAAAAAUCACCCCUUUUCUGUGUGUAAGCAUCGUAAUGGAUGGUCUACAAGGAACCUUUUCAGGUGUUGCAAGGGGUGUGGGAUGGCAACAUUUAGGGGCGUACACGAAUCUUGGUGCCUUUUAUCUUGUUGGAAUUCCCGUUGCUAUCGUUUUAGGAUUUUGCACCUCAUUAAAAGGAGAGGGCUUAUGGAUCGGAAUACUAAUCGGUGCCAUCGUUCAAGUUAUUUCACUUUCAGUUAUCACACUUUGUACAAAUUAUGAAAAACAGGCAACAAAGGCAAGGGAGAGACUAUCGGAGGAAGAAUGCGCUUUACUGUGAAGUCAUAUUUUCCCGGGUCAAGAUGGGUUGAGGCCACCAAAAUGGUUGAGCCGGCCCUGUGGAGAAUACCAGUGUGGCAAGCAAAAGAGAUAGAUGGAGGUUUACCUUUGUUUAUAUGGUUAUUUGGUGAAUUUGGAAGGCGAUAAAUACUUUGGUUUUUCGACGGGACGCUUGCUACCUAAGACGAUUAAAGACAUUAAAAUUGACUCUUUCAAUAUGUUGAAACGUAAAGCUAAAAUAGAUGGUUUGGUGUAGAUCACCUCUUGUUUCCA